CUCAAGCUUUUGUGAAAGGAACUGCCAAGGUUAUAGCAUCAUGGCUGCAGCGACCGAGUCCACAACUAUGACAUCAGGUAACGAUAUCCCCUCCCUGUCCGGAUUCCUGUGUAUUAUGCGGCCUUUGUUUAUGUCAAUCGAUUUCUUUACUUAUGAAUUGAUCCCGAAACAAAAGUUUCUAACAUUGGCAAAUGCGUAGGCAGCGAUGCUAGGCCUAGCACCCCACCCGCUGUCGAGUCGCAAGGCCCGAUUUCAGGCCAGAGCGAGGGCAACGAGGACCCUUUCAAGGAAGAAAACCUUGCAGAUGUUGCAGGCUCCGAGGACAUGAAAGAAGGGUCGACGUCUCCCGGGAAGGAUCGCAGGAUGAGCAAGGAGUGGGGUGAGUGGCUGGAGCAUGACGAACAUUGUGCGACCACCAGGCUGACGAACCAUGAACAUUUUCGCAGACACGUCCAAGGUCCCUCCUUCGCAGUUUCAGCGUCGCAAGGGCAGCAUCUACGCGACGCCGGGAUCUCGUGAUGGCCAUGUCAAGGGCUCGGAGCGGGAUAAGGCGUACUUUGAUAAGCUCAAGGAAAAGGCAAGUGGUGCUUUGGAUGGUCCGGUUGGAAGGACCAAGGCUAACGCAGUCGGGAUCUAGGGAUGGGGCAUUCUCAAGAAGACCAAGUCAUGAACUGGCUUAAGUAUGGACAGGCAGUCUGGGAUGUGAAAUGGCGACUGUGAUCGUGUCUGGCAACCGACCCCAGUGGGCCAUAAGGUGGC